AGGUGGAAUUCGACCUAUGUCAUGUUGACCAGCCUAAAGAAGAACAAAGAGUUUUAUAUUAAUCUUGCUGAGUCACACGUUGAAAUAAAUAUUGGUGAGGAUGUAUGGCAAUUCAUUGACCAGUUUAUUGAAGGAUUCCAUCCUCUAUUCAUUUUAACAAAAAAAAAAUUACAAGAGGAACAACUUAUAAUAGGUAAUUUUUUCAGAAGUUGGUUAGAAGCGAAAAUUAAUGUUAGUAAAUUGGAGAAUAACCAAUUCUCUAAUGAUAUCAUAAAUUUUAUGGAAAAGCGUACACAGAAAUUAUUUGACAAUUAUGCAUUUCGAUCUGCGGUGUAUAUUGAUCCCAGAUUUAACUUUGUUGGUUCUGGUUUCUUUACGAAUGAACAGCGUAAUUGCGCAGAAAUACAUAUUAGUUGCAGUACCAACAUAUUUGACGAGCCAAAACUAUAUGAACUGGUUCAAAUUUUACUUGGAGUAUCGGCUACACAAGUCUCCGUAGAAAGAGCAUUCAGCGCGCUGACAUUAAUAGUGACAGCAAGACGAACCAGCCUCAAAAGGGAAACCCUCGACAAUAUUUUAAUACUAAAAUUAUACAAUGAACUAAUUAGACAUUAA